UGGAUGGAAGAGUACAAAUUUAAAAUCAUGACAAUAUAAGUAUAAAAAACCGAUCUGACAGCCUAAAUAUAUCAAGUAGGCUAUCACAUGACAAGUUUUUGUCAUUAGUCAUAAAAUAAUAAUUAUGAUAGUUGAAAUUAAACUAAUCAGACAAACGUGGUCCACGGAGUCGUUCCCACGCGAGUCGGGGAACCGAAUCGGUCCAGAAGAAUCUUUGACCCAACUAAAUUACAAUCCGGUUCGAUUGCUAAAAUGAGCCACUGGCUACAUAACGGAGCGGUCGGAGGGGAUAUCGCGGAAUUGCGGCCGCGCGCGUUCGCCGGGAGCCAGAGACUGACGCUCCGCCACCACUUUUCUUCUUUCGACCUUCUCCUCGAUUUUCCUCGAAUGAAUCACCUGCAAGAACAGGACACCGGUUGAUGAGGGAGUACGGCGACAGCAUCAGCAGCGGCAGUGGUAGAAGCGGAAGCAGCAACAUGCACUCCGAUACCCUGACGCGCCCCUCGGCCGACGAGGAGGAGGAGUUACUCCGCCAAAGCAGCUCCUCGACCUCUGCGAGCUCCGCCGGCGACUACCCCAUGGCCAUGAGCAGCGAGGGCUCCGCUUUCGCCAUGUCCCCUUGGCACCAGUCAGCAUCGGCUGACCCUCCCGACCUUGCCGGAGAUACUCCCGGCAAUGGCCUCAUCACCUCCCUGUUCCGGGAGGAGGGCCACAUCUACUCCCUUGCUGCCGUGGGCGACGUCCUGUACACCGGCUCCGACAGCAAGAACAUCCGCGUCUGGAAGAACCAAAAGGACUUCGCCGGGUUCAAGUCCAGCAGCGGCCUCGUCAAGUCCAUCGUCGCCGCCGCUGACCGCAUCUUUACUGGACACCAGGACGGAAAGAUCCGGGUGUGGCGGGUGUCCCCUAAGAAUCCGACCGUUCACAAACGGAUCGGUAAUCUCCCCCGCCUCAAGGACGUUCUCCGGAGCUCGCUGAAGCCUUCCAAUUACAUCGAAGUCCGCCGCCACCGGAGCGCUCUCUGGAUCCGCCACUACGACGCCAUCUCCUGCCUCAGUCUCGACCAGGAGCAGGGCCUGCUCUACUCCGGCUCCUGGGACAAGACCUUCAAGGUAUGGCGCAUCGCCGACUCCCGGUGCCUCGAGUCCGUCAUCGCUCACGACGACGCCGUCAAUUCCGUGGUGGCCGCCUUCGGCGGGCUCGUCUUCACCGGCUCCGCCGACGGCACCGUGAAGGUGUGGCGGCGGGAGCUGCUAGUGAAGAGCACCAAACAUUCACCGGUGAAGACGCUGCUGAAGCGGGAAUGCGCCGUGACGUCUCUCGCUGUCAGCUCCUCUUCGCCCGUGGUUUACUGCGGCUCCUCCGACGGACUCGUCAACUUCUGGGAGGGGGAAGAUGAGCUGGCGCACGGCGGGGUGCUCGGCGGCCACAAGAUGGCGGUGCUCUGCCUCGUGGCGGCAGGGACUCUCCUGGUGAGUGGAUCCGCCGACAAGAACAUCUGCGUCUGGCGGCGAGACGGCGCUGCGCACAGCUGCCUCUUGGUGCUCAGCGGCCACACGGGGCCGGUGAAGUGCCUUGCGGUAGUUGCUAACGGCCAGGACAAAGAGGUCGAAGGCGGAGGGGCAGUCAGAAGCUGGAUCGUGUACAGCGGCAGUUUGGAUAAGUCGGUGAAGGUGUGGCGGGUGUCGGAGCAACUGCCAGAUAGCUACUGAGGGUACCCCAACGAGCGUGCCAGAGAACCCGGCGGCGGCGGCGGCGGCGGCGGCGGCUGCGGAGGACGUCAGGACGAGGCAGCAACCGUGUCGCGGUGGCUUAACUGAGAUCAUUAAUUCCCAGUGUCAGUUUCAUGGAAGCUUCAGCAACAGCAACGGCAACAGCAAAAAGCUAUCGAGGUCAAAGCUUGUACAGAGUGCACUGUUGCCUUUGUAUUUCUCUUGAAUUUUUGUACACGAAGGCAACGAUUGGUUAGAACACAUUAUGAACUUGUGCAGCACAA